UUGGCCCUUUUCAAGCACCCAUCGAGAUUUUGCGGAGUACCUUGCUCAUGUCGAUACCUUGAUAUCCGUGUUUUUGUUUUGCUUCUCCUAUUCGUAUACGGUGUCGACGAAUGUCAGGAAAACGAAACUGGUGGAAAAGCGAGGUUAGAAUUUGAUGUUGAUUGGCUUCACGCAGUUCGCCUUCGCAGCUCAAAUCAAAACAACGUGCAGGUCGAAAUUCGUUUUCGUAGAAAAGUGUCGGCAUUAAUUUUUUUGAAUUUUCUGGCGUAAUUCAGUCGAAAUAAUUAAUAAACAUGCCCCAGCGCAAGAAGAUCAAAAUCAGCUCCGCUAAACGUGGUCACCAUGAAAAACAUAAGAAAAAUUUUGCCAAAUCGAAACAGACCCUGCACCGGGAGAAGCAACUUAGCAGUAACAUCUUCCGGGCAAAGAAUUUGGCCAAGAAGAUAGCGAAAAUUGCAGCGGUCAAAAAACCGGUUGCAAAUCGACCGCAGAAUGUUAGUACGACCGUGGCGGAUACGGAACCAUCCAUGGAGGACAUUCAUGAUAUGAUGGACAGUGUGAGCGAAUGCUCGGAUGAGAGUCAAGGUGAAACCCCUGCCAUUAUGGAGCAUUCGGAGGAUUCCGCUCUGGAAGAGGAUCAAAACGAAGAUGAUGGCGAAGCGGAUGUGAGAAAUGCCACGGAACGGCUCGAGGAUGAGUACCAGAUGCAAAUGAGUGGCCAUGUAAACUACGUAGGGGAAACCAAAGAUCUGCUUCCCAUAAAGACGAAGAAGGGUGGAAUCGUUAGUCGGAGUGCCGAAGUGAAACCCGGACCGGUGCCAGCAAAAAAGUCGACUGAAGAGGAGGAACUGGAGCCAAAGGCUCCAGAACCGGAGAAAGUCGUUCCCCCAAAGAACGAAAUCACCACGACGGAUUUACUGACAGAAAGGGAAGACGAGAUUGAACGGCAAAAGUUCCUAAUUGGAGUAACAUGUGCUUCGAUUCUGGAAAAUCCGGAAGGUAAAAUCAAGAAUCUGGUUAUGUUGAUUGAUCUCAUUCCGGAGACGACCCAGAGCGGUAAAACGAACAUGUUCAUCAUCCGCAAGCUAGCCAUGAUUUCGUUGGUGGAAGUUUUCAAGGAUAUUGUGCCCGAGUACAGGUUGGGAAUCAUCGAUACGGCCGCUCAGAAACUGAAGAAAACGACUUUGGCCCGAGUGAGCUAUGAAAACGAACUGCUGCUGCAGUACAAAAAAUUCCUCGUCCACUGUGAAGGAUUUACCCAACAGUUGAGACGCAGCAAGAAGCUCAACAAGGAGGACUUUGCUGAAAAGCAGCAAAUCGGCGAAAUUGCUGUAAAAUGUAUGUGCGAUCUUUUGCUGGCCCAUCCGUACUUCAACUACAGCAUGAACAUUGGGCAAAUGUUGGUUACGAUGCUGAACAGCGAUCAGGAGAACGUCCGGAAGCAGGUGCACUCGUGUUUCGUUACGAUCUUCAAAACGGACAGUCGGUUCGAUAUGUGUAAACACAUUGUUCGACACAUCAAUCAACUGGUCAAGAAGAAGGACCACGGGGUACAUCCGGAAAUGGUAUCCUGCUUGAAGUACCUCCAGAUCAAAGACGUCAACAUCAACGCCGAAAAGGAGAAAGAGCUGAAGUUGAAGAAGCUUGAAGCGCACAAGUCACGGGUGAUCAAUAUGUCGCGCCAGGAGCGCAAACGGAAAAAGAAACUGGCCGAACUGGAAAAGGAACUGUUCGAAACAAAGGCAGAGGAGAGCAAGCAGGUCCAAAUGAAGAAACUAACGGAUAUCACAAAACUGGUUUUUACGAUAUUUUUCCGGAUAUUGAAAACGGCUCCAAACUCGAGGCUACUGAGUUGUACCCUGGAAGGACUUUCCAAGUUUGCCCACACCAUCAACAUCGAAUUCUUCUCGGAUUUGAUCGAAGUGCUGAACAAUCUGUUGGUCCACGCAGAUCUGGGUCAUCGUGAACAAUUGCACUGCAUUCAAACUGUUUUCACUAUCCUGAAAGGUCAAGGAGAAGUCCUGAACAUUGAUCCUGCACGGUUCUACACGCACCUUUACAAAAACCUGCUCAGCGUUCAUGGCGGUAAAAACCACGAUGAUUUGGAAUCAAUAUUGGCAACAUUGGACAGCGUUCUCCUGAAGCGGCGGAACAAUAUCACUUACCAUCGAUAUCUGGCGUUCGUUAAACGACUGUCCUCGAUGGCGCUGCAGUUGUUGCACAAUGGAUCACUAGGCUGUCUGGGUGUCGUUAGGACAUGCAUGCUGCUCAACACAUCGCUGGACAUCCUGUUGGACACGGAAUCAGUGGUUGGGUCCGGUGUAUACGAUCCCCAAGUUGAGGAACCCGAGUUCAGUAACGCAAACUGCACGAGUCUCUACGAGUUGACUGCGCUGCACAGGCACUACCACCCGACCGUGCGAAGAUUCGCGAAUAACAUCGCCAAUGGUGUUCCCAGUUCAGGACCAGGAAUGUUGCCUCCUGAUAUUGCAAAGCUAACACCGGGAGAACUUUACGCGCGAUACGAUAGCUCCAAAUUGGCUUUCAAUCCUUCCAUUCCGGUUCCGAAGCAAAAGGGCUCUGCAUCCGACGGGAGCGGAAAACAUAUUUUCGUCGACUAUGGACUGGAAGAGAUGUGCAACCGAGCGCAAGCUAUACAAUGUAGCAACGAAGUACAGUUUGAUUUUCUGUGCUGAUUGUUGAUCCUACAAGAUGGACCUGUAGAAAAAUAAAGUUAUAUGUAUUGCA